AUGAAAGGCAAGAAGAAAAAUCAGGAUUGGGAAGAAAGUUCACCUCCAGAAUCUCACAUCUAUAUGUCUCCAAAAUCAUCGUACAUCAACAGUGAAUUGUUCAUACGAUGGCUGGAACAGACAUUUUUCCCAAAUUUGACAGGCCCAAAGAAUUUGCUGAUUCUUGAUGGACAUGGUUCGCACAUGCAGUACGCAGCCCUUGAAUUAUGUCGUCAGCAUGACGUAACAGUGGUAUGUUUGCCAAGUCACAUGACUCAUAAGCUGCAACCCCUGGACGUCUCUUUCUUUGGCACCUUCAAGGCUAAAUUCAAAGAUGCCUGCAACAAAGGGUUUAAGACCCACCAAGGACAACGACUGACUCGAUAUCAAAUGGGAGGAAUCAUCAAGAGAGCUUGGGAUCAAACAGCUAUACCAAGUACAGCAUCAGCAGGCUUCAGAGCUACUGGGAUAUUUCCUUUCAAUUCAGAUAUCAUCCCAUCGAGUGAUUUUACAAUUGCUGACAAUAUGGAAUGA